GCAGCCACAGGGCAGAGGUCCUGGAAGCACCUCCCACCAUGGACUGGGCUCCCUUCUACCUCCUGCCCCUGGUUUUCUCCACAGGUCUCUGUGCUGCACCUGUGCUGACCCAGCCCCCAUCUGCUUCUGCCUCCCUGGGAGCCUCGGCCAAGCUCACCUGCACCCUCAGCAGUGAGCACAGUGGCUACAACAUUCGCUGGUAUCAGCAGCAGGCAGGGAAGGCCCCUCGCUAUGUGAUGUGGCUAAAGAGUGACGGAAGCCAGAGCAAGGGGGACGGGAUCCCAGACCGCUUCUCAGGCUCCAGCUCUGGGGCCGACCGCUACUUGACCAUCUCCAACCUCCAGUCUGAGGACGAGGCUGACUAUUACUGUAACACAUGGGACAGCAGUGGUGCUGUGUUCGGCGGAGGGACCCAUCUGACCGUCCUCGGUCAGCCCAAGUCUGCACCCUCAGUCACUCUGUUCCCACCCUCCUCUGAGGAACUCAGCACCAACAAGGCCACACUGGUGUGUCUGGUCAGUGACUUCUACCCUGGAGCCGUGACAGUGGCCUGGAAGGAGAAUGGCAGCCCUGUGUCCCAGGGUGUGGAGACCACCAAGCCCUCCAAACAGAGCAACAACAAGUAUGCGGCCAGCAGCUACCUGAGCAUGUCAGCCAGCAAGUGGAAGUCUGCCAGCCAGUUCAGCUGCCACGUGACGCACGAUGGCACCACUGUGGACAAGACAGUGGUCCCCUCAGAGUGUUCCUAGGACACUGAGCUCCCAUAUUCUGGGACUCUGCUCACCCACAAACCCCAUUCUCCAGCUCUCCACCGUACCCCUGGGACUCUAGCCCAGGUCUUUCCAGACUGGACUGGCCUCACUGUCUCCCCAUUUCCACAUUUUCUCAAUAAAACCCUGGUCAUUUA